GUGACCUUCUCUGUGGCGCUUCCGCGUGGCGCGCUCUUGAAGCUAAACGGUAGUCAUGGAGCUGAUAGGGGAGUACGUCGGGUGGGACGGGCAGCGGCAGCGGCUGCGGGUGCCCUGUGAGACUCCGCCUGAGGCCGACCGUUUCCAGGGACUGUUGUCGGGCGUGGCCCAGAUGAGGGAGCUGGUGAUCGAACUCUUCGAUCCCCUGGUACAGCGGGAAGCGAAGGACCGGGUGACGGCGGUUCCAGACGCGGCCUUGGACGGUGAUGAUGAAGAUGAUGCAGAAGAUGAAAAUAACAUUGAUAACAGAACUAAUUCAGAUGGACCAACUGCAAAACGGCCAAAACCACCAUCUUAACGAUAGCUUUUAUGAAAUUUAAAAGACUGCUACUAUAUCCUAAUUAUCACACACUGAUAUUUGAGGAAGACUUGUACUCUAAUUUGGAAAAAU